CACUCAGCUCUUUUGGCAGGAGUGACCAGAAUAAAAGCAGCAACACCAGACAUAGAAUAGAAAAAAGUGCAAUGAUCCAUCGAACCAAAUGUUUUGCCCUUUCCUAAUUACGUUGUGUCCUGUAUCAUUUUCUUCCGCAUACCCCCUCCCCCUUUCACUUUUUUUUGAGACAUUUUUGAAGUGGUAAUUAGCUCCUGGAGAACAAAACCAGCUGAUUCAGGGAGGGCCAGUGCAUUUUAGGGAGAGAUGGCUAAAAGGAGGGUUGUGUUGCUCCUUCUCGGAUUCAUCCUCACAAUACAGCUGAGUCCUUCACUGCAAGGAGGGGUGUAUGUGCCACCGGGUUCAGCUGGAGCAGGACCAGGAGCUGCUGGAUUACUACCAGGCGCUGGACUUUACCCAGGUGCUGGGACGUCCCAAUACAAAGCAGCAAAAGCAGCAGGAGGAUAUGGAGGUGCUGCAGGGACAGGAGCUUUAGGGGCUGGAGGUUAUGGAGCUGGUGGUUAUGGGGUUUAUGGCACAUAUGGUGGUGCUGGAAGAUUUUACCCAGUGUCUGGAGGUCUGAAACCGGCUAAAUCAGGCACUGGGCUACCUGGAGGAGGUCUACCUGGAGGAGGUCUUCCUGGAGGUGCUGGUGGAAAGCCUGCUAAAGGGCCAGGUGCAGGAGGAACUGGUACUGGUCUUCCAGGUCUUGUGAUUCCUCAGACUGGGGGACAAGGACUGGGUCCUGGUGUGGUUGGACCUGGCGGAAAAGCAGCAAAGGCUGGAAAAGCUCCAGUGCCAGGAGUGGGAGUGCCUGGACCAUAUCAAGGAGGUCUUGUUCCUGGACAAGGAUUCAAUGGGCGGGGUGUUCUUCCUGGUGUAGCCACAGGAACUGGAGUCAAACCUAAAUCAGGUGGGCGUGGAUAUGGACCACUGAAACAAGGAGUAUUUCAUGGAUACCCUCUCAAAUCUCCCAAAGCCCCAGGUGCUGGGUUACCCUAUACUGGUGGUAAACUUCCAUACGGUUAUGGUGGUUUUGGUGGAGGUACUGGGCUCCCUGGUGGGAAAGGAGGAGCUGGAUCUAAGCCGGGUUAUCCGACUGGGACUGGUGUUGGGACUUUAGGGGUGUCUGCUGCACAGGCCAAAGCUGCUAAAUAUGCUGGUUUUGGUGCGGCCGGAGCUUUUCCGGGUGGUGCUGGGGGACUUUACCCUGGUGCAGGAGCUGGUUUAGGUGGUGUUGGAGCAGGUGGUGCUGUUGGACUUUAUCCAGGGGCAGGAGGUGUGGGUGUUUUUACACCAGCUCAAGCUAAAGCAGUGAAAUAUGGCACCCUGACACUGGCUGUACAGGAAUAUGAGGUGAGACAGGUGUUCAGGUCAGUAAAUACAAGAACGGCUGCAGGCCCUGAUGGAGUGCUUGGAAAGAAUGCGGAGGAUUAUAUCAGCUCACUGCCACAGAAGAAGACAUAUGCUACAGCUUUGCAGAGCAAUGAGAAGGCAACAGAUACCGUCUCAUCUCCUCUUCCCAGCGAGGGGGAACUUAAUGACCAUGGUGGUGGUGAUCUUAACUGCCCAGGAGAGGAGAAUAACAAGCUGGACAUGGACACUUGA